AUGGCUUCACUCGAUGCAGACCACCCGGCAGUCGGUGCCGUGCAUAGCAACUGGGUCGUACAGAAAUUCGGCGGCACCAGUGUUGGCAAGUUUGCUCUGAACAUUAUUGAGCAGGUUGUUCAACCCAGCCUCGUUGACAAUCGAGUCGCUGUUGUAUGCUCAGCAAGAAGUAAUUCCACAAAGGCCGAGGGCACCACCAACCGGUUACUGCGGGCAGCCCGGGAUGCUGAGAACCCCCGGUCCCGGCAUUAUGCAUCGUUCGUCGACGCCGUCCGGCUCGAGCAUGUUCAAGUGGCCCAGGAACAGAUCAAAUCGGUGGAGUUGAGGGACCAAGUGGUGGCCGAUAUCACCGGAGAAUGCGAACGAGUCUUGAAGGUCCUCGAAGCCGCUCAGACCUUGGGAGAGAUCAGUGCCCGCUGUGUGGACAAGGUGAUCAGCACCGGCGAGAAGCUCAGCUGCCGGCUCAUGGCCGCGUGUCUGCAGGACCGCGGGGUUGACUCGCAGUAUGUCGAUCUUGCUGAUGUGAUUGAUUUCCCCAUCGGCAACCACGGUCUGGAUCAGGACUUUUAUAAUUCCCUAGCGGCGGCUCUUGGCAAACGGGUUGCGGAAUGCGGGCACCGAGUGCCUGUGAUUACAGGCUACUUUGGUACUAUCCCUGGUGGCCUGCUGGACCAAGUCGGCCGUGGCUACACUGACUUGUGUGCCGCCCUGGUCGCCGUGGGAACCCAUGCCAAGGAGCUUCAGGUCUGGAAGGAAGUGGAUGGCAUCUUCACGGCCGAUCCGCGCAAGGUCCCGACUGCCCGACUCCUCCCCGCCAUCACUCCCGCCGAAGCGGCCGAACUGACCUUCUAUGGAUCGGAGGUGAUUCACCCCUUCACCAUGGAGCAAGUGAUCCGCGCCAAGAUUCCCAUCCGCAUCAAGAACGUGAUGAACCCCAAGAACCGCGGCACCGUCAUCUUCCCCGACUCCACGGCCGAGCUGGAGCGGACCACCCCAGGCCACGACCCGCGUGUUUUCCGCACUCGGAGCCCGAGCUUCAUGCAGAAGCCGAAGCGGCCCACAGCUGUGACCAUCAAGCACAAAAUCCUGGUGAUCAACGUGCACUCGAACAAGCGGUCCUUGUCGCACGGGUUUUUUGCCGGUAUUUUCUCCGUGCUGGACAAAUGGCGUCUGUCCAUCGACCUGAUCUCGACCAGCGAGGUCCAUGUGUCGAUGGCUCUGCACUCGGAAAUGCCUCUGCUGAAUGGCAACGGACGGGACGAGUAUCAGGUGAUCGAUGAAGACCUGAAAGGGGCACUGAAUGACCUGACCAAGUACGGGACGGUGGAUAUUAUCCCCGAAAUGGCCAUUCUCAGCUUGGUCGGCAAGCAGAUGAAGAAUAUGAUCGGCGUGGCGGGACGUAUGUUCACCACCCUGGGGGAGAACAAUGUGAACAUUGAGAUGAUUUCGCAAGGUGCGAGUGAAAUCAACAUCUCUUGCGUCAUUGAAGAGCGCGAUGCCGACCGUGCCCUCAACAUCAUCCACACCAGCAUGUUCACCUUCCUGGACUAG